UGAAGUAAGUAUUGUCUGUGAAUAAUAUAUAUUUUAUAACAUGAUGAAAAUUAAAACACAAAAUAAACUUAUUCUCUUGAAUGCUAUACGGGAAAGAAAAAGUGUAUUGUUUGGCAAUUUUAAAUCUACAUCAAAUGAUGAAAAGGUGGAAUCUUGGAAAAGUGUCCAUAACAUAGCCCAAUCAUUACAACUUGCAACUUCCGAUCGUUCUUGGCAGUUCACUAGGGACAAGUUGUAUGGGCUAUGGAAAUGUCGCACUUUAGAAAAGAGGGAUAAUAAGAAAGGUAAGUUCACUGGCAAGGCGGGAGGAAAAAAAUGUCAGUAUGAUGAUGUUGAUCUAGCCAUACUAGAUAUUUUAGAUGAAGAUUCGGCAAUAGUGCAAAGUAUAGGAUUGCCUGGAUCAUCAACAUUUGCUGAAAGUAAUUUUGUAUUGGUUUUAUAGUUUAAGUAGUUAUAUUUAUGCUUGUUGUUUAUAUGAUAAAUAGUGAAAUGUUGAUGUUGUCUAGUUAAUUAUGGUCUAUUAAUUAUAGAACUGCAAAAUUAU